AUUUUUUUUUCUUUUAUCUGUUGGGUCUUCAGAGGUGUGAUUGCUGGCAUCUUGGAUCCGUGAUUCACUUUCUCUAAGGCCCGGAUCCGGUUCUGGAUCAUGGAUUAUUGAGAAUAUCCGAUGAGAGGAAAGGGGGUUGGGGGAAUAAAGGUGCGAUGGAGAAUGUGGGUUUAUCCAUGGAGAAGAAAGCUCCGGAGAGAAAAAGGGUACAUAUGCAGCUCCGCUGCAGGAGUAAAGGAGGAGAGGCAUUUUGGGUCAGAAACUUGUAGGCGUAUGGGAUUAUGUUGAUCCAUCUGUGUUUCUGAAAAGAUCUCUGAAGAUUUUACCUUGGAGGCUUUGCGUCUCUGCUUCUGUCUGAACUUCUUGGCCACCGAAAUUUCGAAAUUGCAUCUUGUUCUUGACAACUCCGGAGUAUCCCUGUAGGAAAAAGAAUUUAAGUUGACCGGAUGAUGGAUUUCUUCUUCGUUUUUCUUUUGGUACAGAAGGACCAGAACCAGGGGCAAGCGAAAUGUUGUCGCUGAAGGACCUCUUUGAUGCUUCAGGGCCUACGUAUUUGACAUAUGUGAAUUGGAACUGCCCGCACCACCAGCGUUCCGUCAUGGCGAGCCUUGUCCAGGGCGUGUACGUCCUUGAGCGCGACCGCCAGUGGAACCGGCAGGGCCCCGACGCCCGCGCGCCGGCGUGGUGGAGGUUCUUCCACUUCGAGCUGCGGCAGGUGCUCGUCGACGCCGCCGACGGCUCCAUCUUCGGCGCCGUCUACGCGUUCCAGCCGCCGUUCCACCUCCUGGACCCCACGGCGGCCGCCAGCGCCCCGCACCACGUCGUCGCCUUCCGCGGCACCAUCACCAAGAAGGGCUCGGCGAAGCGGGACCUGGAGCUGGACCUCCAGCUGGUCCGCAACGGGCUGGAGGGCAAGUCCCGCUUCCGCGUCGCCAUGCAUGCCAUCCACGACACGGUGGCCGCGGCGGCCGGGGCCGGGCAGCAGCGCCGCCGCGUCUGGCUGGCGGGCCACUCGCUGGGGUCGGCGAUCGCGACGCUGGCCGCCAAGACCCUGGCCAGGGCAAGCGCCGCCGCCCUGCCCACGUUCCUCUUCAACGCGCCGUUCCUGUCGGCGCCCGUGGAGCGGAUCGGGGACCGGCGGGUGAGGCAGGGCGUCCGCGUCGCCAGCAGCUUCGUGACCGCGGGCGUGGCGGCCGUCCUGGAGAGGGGCGGCGGCGGCGGCGCGCGCGACGCGUCGUUCGCGGCGCUGGCGGCGUGGGUGCCGAACCUGUUCGUGAACCCGGCGGACCCCAUCAGCGCGGAGUACGUGGGGUACUUCGACCACCGCAGGAAGAUGGAGGCCAUCGGGGCCGGCGCCGUGGGGAGGCUGGCGACGAGGAACUCGGUCAGGGACCUGCUGCUCGGCAUCGGCAAGGGGGGCGGCGGGUGCGAGCCGCUGCACCUGUUCCCGUCGACCGUGCUGACGGUGAACCGCGGGCCGUCGCCGGACUUCAAGACGGCGCACGGGAUCCACCAGUGGUGGCGCCCCGACCUGGCGCUCGAGUGCACCGCGCAUUACUAUUAGUACACUUAGUAAAUUGAGAGUUUAGACAUCUAGGUGAAAUUGCGGUUUGGAAACUUGUAGUGCAAUUUACUUAUAUCCUACAUAGUCUAUCGGACUGUUUAAUUGAAACAGAAACUGAAAGAGUCUCCAUGGAACUGCA